ACACGGCAUUCCUGAAGCUAUCUCCCGCCGACGACACACGACAGACCUCCUCCCCCUCCUCUCUCUCGUCUCCCCCUCCUCUCUCUCGCCGCCAUGGACGCCCUGCAGGGCUGGGGGGUGAGCAGCACCCACUACCUGCAGACGCACUACGCUGAGGCCCAGGGCUGGUUCCUCUGGGUGUCCUGGGCUGCGGACCUCCGCAACACCUUCUUCAUCUUCUUCCCCCUCUGGUUCCACCUGCGGCCCAACGUGGGCAUCAAGCUCAUCUGGGUGGCGGUGAUCGGAGACUGGCUGAACCUGGUGUUCAAGUGGAUUCUGUUCGGGGAGCGACCGUACUGGUGGGUCCAUGAGGCAGCGUACUACCACGACAAGGUGGCCCCGCACAUCCAGCAGUACCCCAUGACCUGCGAGACCGGACCAGGGAGCCCCUCCGGCCACGCUAUGGGGGCCGCCGGGAUCUACUACACCCUGGUCACCUCCAUCCUCAGCGUCCUGGCCCGCAGGAGGAGGGGCGGCAGGAAGCCCCCCCAACCCGGCUGGUAUGUGAGGGCCCUGCUGUGGACGGGCUUCUGGGCCGUCCAGGUGUGCGUCUGUCUCUCCAGGGUCUUCAUCGCUGCACACUUCCCCCACCAGGUCAUCGCUGGAGUCAUCUCAGGCAUGAUCGUGGCGGAGAUCUUCGACCGGGUCCAGUGGAUCUACAGCGCGAGCAUGAGGAGCUACCUGCUCACCACGCUGUUCCUCACCUCCUUCGCCGUGGGCUUCUACCUGCUGCUCCGGGCCCUGGGCGUGGACCUGCUGUGGACCCUGGAGAAGGCCCAGCGGUGGUGCGUGAAGGCCGAGUGGGUCCACAUGGACUCCACGCCCUUCGCCAGCCUGCUGAGGAACAUGGGCACCCUGUUCGGGCUGGGCCUGGCGCUCCACUCGCCCCUCUACACCGAGAGCAAGCGGAGCUCCGGCGCCGUGGCCAAGGCGGGCUGCAUCGUCAGCUCGCUGCUGCUGCUGCACCUCUUCGACUCCUUCAAGCCGCCCACGCACACCGCCGCGCUCUACUACCUGCUCUCCUUCUGUAAGAGCGCCACCGUGCCGCUGGUGGCCGGCAGCAUCGUCCCGUACUGCGUCAACAGCGCUCUCAGCCUGCAGGGCAAGAAGGGCUUGUGAGCCGGCUCCCACAGGAGACUAAGGUGCGGGGGGGGGGACAGCUGCCCCAGGACGCAGCACCACACACUCGCUGCCCGGUGAUUCAUGACUCAGGGCGCCGCUGCCGUCUGCCCGGUCUGGGAACGCCAGCCGUGGACAGAGGGCUUGCAGAAAUGGGGUUUCUUUUAAAGCUCAAACGCGGUGGCAAGUGAAAGCUCAGAUACUCAGAACCCAGGGGCAGCUGUGAGCAACGAGCCGCACACACACUGGGGAAACGACGUCGGGAUGGAGGGUUCAGGAGCUCUGCAAGAGGAUGUGAAUAACGUGGCACUAUUCUUAGAGCACGUUGUACUAAGAGCCGUCAGGGAAAUCCGUUUGACUUUUAUGAUUUAUCUCCGAUUCAUUGUCGUGUUUUUAAGUAUUGUUUGUUUCAUCCGAAGUAACUUUUUAACUUUGAUUUUUUUUUUAAAUAAACAUCUUUAAAAUGUCGUGGUCAUGCUAGCCACUCACUGUAUUGUCAUCAGCAUCAUCAUCUCCGAUCAUAGAGAUGAACCCACACAACAACAGACAUUAACAUGAAGAGAACUGAUGUUUUUCAAGAUAAGCAUAUACUGUGGACGAAAACUAAUGAUUAACUCAGAGCUGCAGCCUUUCGCAUUCGCAUCGCAUACAAUGAGGACGUAGAUUCACGGCCCAAAUGACAGCUGCAUGUUUAGAUAAAUGUCGUCCGCAGGUUUAGAUUCGUGACAGCUCAGCUGCAUGUUUAGAUUCAAGGCACAUGACGUCCGCAUGUUUAGAUUCAUGAAAUCUGCAGGUUUCGAACGCUGUCCCAGCUUCACAGGUAACGUUUGACUGGAGUUGUUCUGCAUUGUGAACGCAACCUUGGAAAGAACGCGCACAUAGAACAAGCUACUCCGAAAUCUAAUUGCGAGCUGCCAAAAACCCCUACAGAGAGCUGAAGUAUGCAUAUAUUAUGGGAUAAGUGAAUAGUUGUACCUCUGCAUUAACCAUAUUAGAACAUACCUUAACGCUGCCCUCUCUCGGGAACCUUUAUCCAUUCUCUCCAGGUGGCCGAUUCUUAGAAAUGUGUGUUAUGAUAAUCCCAUACGAUGUCGCCUCCUAAAACGGUACAGCACGUAACCUGUGACCUGUAAGGUUCACAACCCAGCCAGGCCACCUGAUGUCGCUAAUGCGGCGCAAUCACAACACACCAAUUCUCCUUCCGCCACCAAGAAUACAAUCCAACAGCCUGGAGUUCUUAAGAUUAAUAUGUAUGUUUAAGCUUGUAGUGAUGAGGUCAUUGUUUUGUGUAUUUCACACCUUCACACUUGUAAUGCAUCAUGUUUGUGCAAACAAAAGAGACAUGGACUUGUAUUCAAGUAAACACAAUUUAUUUUCUGUUUAAAUAAUUACUUGGGUCAUCCAGUGUAGGUUAUGUUGGUUCUUCAUACACGGUGGAACCAGUCAUCAACAAUUGGUCCUUGUUAGAGUGACUUUAUAUGAAAACAGACACUGAUUUACACAGGACCAGAGAAUCCCACUUGGUGACCAAGAUCAACUUUAGCCAUUUUAAUCUGUCAAUAAAACAUAUGCGAGCUUGGCCAGGGGUGAAAAUAAAACAACUAAUCAACCGAUUCUCAUUUCUUGUGCAAACAGCAGCUGAUUAAAUAAAAAUGU